UUUUGGUCACAUGGCUGUGACAUCACGACCUCUUCAAAGCCGCUCCAUAGCAUCUGCUGUGAGGGAGACCGGCUGUUGUGGAGCUGAAGGGCUGCUGGCUGUGUCUCCUCCUCAUUUGCCCGGCUGUACAUGCUGCUCUUCCCUGGCACCGAGCACACGCCGCUAAACAUGGACUAUGACUUCAAGGUGAAGCUGACAGGCGAGCGGGAGAAGGUAGAGGACCUGUUCGAGUACGAGGGCUGCAAAGUUGGAAGAGGCACAUAUGGGCAUGUGUACAAAGCCAAGCGGAAAGAUGGGAAAGAUGACAGAGAUUAUGCUUUAAAACAAAUAGAAGGUACUGGAAUAUCUAUGUCUGCAUGCAGAGAAAUUGCACUUCUGCGGGAGCUGAAACAUCCAAAUGUAAUUUCUCUUCAGAAAGUGUUCCUUUCACACGCUGACAGGAAAGUCUGGCUUUUGUUUGAUUUUGCAGAGCAUGACUUAUGGCACAUAAUCAAAUUUCACAGGGCCUCUAAAGCAAACAAGAAACCUGUGCAGUUACCUCGGGGAAUGGUGAAGUCACUACUUUAUCAGAUUUUAGAUGGUAUCCACUACCUUCAUGCAAACUGGGUUUUACAUAGAGAUUUGAAACCUGCAAAUAUUUUGGUCAUGGGUGAAGGUCCAGAACGAGGACGAGUAAAAAUAGCGGACAUGGGAUUUGCCCGGUUAUUUAAUUCACCUUUAAAGCCUUUAGCAGAUUUAGACCCUGUAGUUGUUACAUUCUGGUAUCGAGCCCCAGAGUUAUUGCUAGGAGCACGCCAUUAUACCAAAGCUAUUGAUAUUUGGGCCAUAGGAUGUAUAUUUGCAGAGCUUCUAACGUCGGAGCCGAUUUUUCAUUGUCGACAGGAAGAUAUCAAAACUAGUAACCCUUAUCAUCACGACCAGCUGGAUAGAAUAUUUAAUGUCAUGGGAUUUCCUGCAGAUAAAGAUUGGGAAGACAUUAAAAAGAUGCCUGAGCAUUCAACUCUAAUAAAGGACUUCCGCAGGAACACGUACACCAACUGCAGCCUUAUAAAAUACAUGGAAAAGCAUAAAGUAAAACCAGACAGCAAAACAUUCCACUUGCUUCAGAAAUUGCUCACAAUGGACCCAAUCAAAAGAAUUUCCUCUGAGCAAGCUAUGCAGGAUCCAUAUUUUCUAGAAGAUCCACUUCCUACUUCAGAUGUUUUUGCAGGCUGCCAGAUUCCAUAUCCCAAGCGAGAGUUUUUGACAGAAGAGGAACCUGAUGAUAAGGGAGACAAAAAAAACCAACAGCAGCAGCAAGGCAAUAACCAUACAAAUGGAACAGGUCACCCAGGAAAUCAAGAUAACAGUCACGCACAAGGGCCACCUCUGAAGAAAGUGAGAGUUGUUCCCCCUACCACUACCUCAGGUGGACUCAUAAUGACCUCAGACUAUCAGCGUUCCAAUCCACAUGCUGCUUAUCAAAACCCUGGACCAAGCACAUCACAACCUCAGAGCAGCAUGGGGUAUUCAUCUACCUCCCAGCAGCCUCCACAGUACUCACAUCAGACCCACCGGUACUGAGCUGUACCAGAGGGAAACAAACAAAAGUCAAUGCACUGUUGCUUUGGCUGCAGGACUGAGCAUGUAGCUGUCUGCCUGAAGCCUGGCUUUGGAAUGUACUGUACAACCACACCUUCAAAAUGUCCAGCAGCCAAGUUAUACAACAUUUCAGAGAAUGUAGACCCCCCCCCCCCCCAUGUGAAGGUUACGAGGAAACUUCGGGCGACUAAGGAAAACGAAGCGCCUCGAGUCCCACUGGCUAUUUCUCAUUAUAGCCGGCGGGAAGGUAGAGGAAGGCAGAUCGGGGAGAUUGUCGCCCAGAAGAAGAGGCGAUUAGUCGCCAGGCAACUAAAUCUCCCCGAAUCUCCCCAUGUGCCCUUACCCUAAGAGCGCUAGCACAGUUGGCGUUGCGGAUUUGCUACUUCCAUAGUUUACUUGAAAAUGGUUCAAACUGACCAAUGCAUAAUCUUUUCAGUGAUGGUAGCAGUUGAAGCUGUGAAGUAUGUUAGGAGCAAACACUUCAUUAUUAUUUUUUUUUUUCAUGGUGACAACAUGAUCCAACCAAUUAAAAAACAGUCUUCACUGGUAUAGACAUUACCAGAGCACAAAAGCUAAAUCUUACUGCUAUUCAGUUCAAUACACAUUUCUUUACGCAUCAUUUUCGGGUGAUGAACGAUUAUCACCUCGAUCAGUGUUUUUUUUUUUUUUUUCCAGCAAAUCUUUUUCCUUCAACGCUUUACUCCCUCAUCAAAAAGCAACAAAAACCAUAGUUGUUUUCUGUAUGAUCCUCCCAAAGAUUCUAUUUCAGCGUAGGUUUUUAAAGACUCUACAACUUGACUAGUAUUAAAGCUGCUAUCUGAUAUUAAAUAUGUUUGUUUUGAAAUUGAUACAAACCUUUGUUUGCACAGUCAAACGAGUGCACCCUACCGUCAACAAUAUUUCUAUUUUUUUUUCUUCAAUUCCUGUUGGUGUUGCUGAAUUGUGAGCAUGCUAUGGAGUUCCAACAAAAUAAAAAGCAAAAAAAAAAUAGUGAAAACCGAAAAAAAGGCAAAAAAAUUGGGAAUUCAUUAUCUGCCUCAUGCGGGUGAGGCACCUGUUCAGAUCCUUAAAGCUGGCUUGGUGUAGUGUAUUUCAAUUCAAUUUUGAUUUUCUCUUUCAUUUCGUGUCCCUUCCCCCCCCCCACCCGUUUCAUAGGGUCGCCUCUUUUACAUUGGAGAAUAAAAGGUAGAAAGGCCUUAGAAUUUACAAAGAAACAAAACUGUAACAUACAAUGUACUGUAUCAGACUAUUUUACAUUGACAAGUAUUCGGAUUAAAAAAAAAAUUCAACAUUGUUAACGCAAGGUGUUAAGUAAUAAAUUUAUUUUU